AUGUGUUUUCGAAUGAGACACACAUUUCUACUCCUGCUAGUGCUCGCAGCAGCCAUCAAAGCAGAUCCUGGCGAUGACUUUAGUGACAACUUAUUUUCAGACCUAGCUCCGUCAAGAGAGAAUAUGUCAGCUGCUGAGAUGGAGCUCAUGUCAUCUACAUCCCAGGAAACAUGCGAGUUAUGGAAUGACGAUGCAGUCAGGGAAGAUCUCGUUGAGAAGCAAGGCUUUGUGGAAGUCGGCCCUACCACGGCCUCGCUCCAUAGAUGUGGAAAGCCCGCCCUCAUUACCCUUGGAACCUCCGGAACAGCAAAGCAGAGAACAACCAAAUCCAACGCCCGAAAUGACUUUCAGCUCAAGAAAGACGGCAAAAAGAUCACUGGUUAUGCUUAUCCUUUUGCCACGGCAGGCACCAUCAUACUCGUUACUGGCUGCACGUGGUUUGGCUUCAGUCAAAGCAGACUAGCGUUGGUUCGACGCGGAUUUACUGCGCCUAUAAACGAUAUCGAACUAAGGGAAAGCUUCGAGCUGGAUGGAUUAGCUAUAGCAUUGGGAAAUCCGGAUCCAAGCAAUGAAUCUGGGUCACCUACGACCGGCAAGAAAUUUGACUUUGGCUUAUCAAAAGGUGGAAGUUGGACGGUAAUGAUUGACGAAGAUGAAACUCCUCCACAACCAUCGGAUAACAACACCCAACCGUCCAAUAUCUCCUCUUCGAAGACUCAAAAGCCAGUCAAGGACAUCGUCCCUCCUUUGGAAGAGUCCACUGUGUUAGAUGUAUUCACAUGGACGGUGGCAGUUCAGGUUAUCGACUCAAACGGUCUCGAAAAGACUUUGCCGGUUGUCCUUACCCUCAAGCGAAGAGAUCACCAGUGGAAGUGUCGUGCCGAUGAAAUCGAUUCAGUGUUGUCUUUAUGGCUUUGUUCAAUAGACAAAAGGCGACAAUUAAAUGGAAGAGACUCGAGCCUUUAUGCUUCUGAAAUUCCAUUAAAGAUGGAUAGCGAUGAAUGGUUUCGAAAAAAAGGCUCGGAAACAGGAGGAGGUUUGAUCCUUCUUGGGCAACAAACUGACGAGCUCAGACGAUCUAUCAAGUGGUGGAUGCCCACUGACUGGUCCAAGGACCUGUUGGUGGAAGACAAUUGCAGCCUAAGUUCUACCAGUUCAUGGCGAACUAUAGGAACAAAAAGAUCUGAUUUCUCCAAACGCAUCGCCGCUGCCAAACCGUGCAGCCCCCCGUCGCCUACCCAGGACUCGGUAUUUCUAGCAGUUCAAUCCCAUGAAACUCUCCAAAACCUCUAUGCUAGACACAUAUUCAGCAGUUUCACCUGGGCUGCUGCUCUACAGAUGGAUAAAGCCAUUGAAAAUCACUCAGAGCUAGAGUCAUCCAAUGUUUCUCACAUUCAGGACUGGAGUCACCUUCAUCUGAGCUGUAAUGGUCUAUCAAAACUAGCACGGGCUAUCCAAGACUCAGGUCUUAUGGAUUUACACGAUGCAUACCUUUCCCUGAUUCCUCCUCUCCAUUCACAGUCAAGACUUGGAGAACUCGACUCUAUCGUUGAACUGAUGUCUCGUAAGGCCAUACAGCACAAGCGACUGUUGAACUGGAACGCUGCGGCUCGCUGCUAUCGACAGCUUUUUGAUCUUGCAAAGUCCUUCCGCGUGGAUAGCUAUAUCUACACAAAGACACUGGCAAUAAUAGCUGAAUACGUUCGAUCACUGACUAUUAUACUGGACGAUGCCCAAGGCAUAGGAACAAAAGAUAUUGACGAGGCAAAAGAAGCCCGGGACGAUCUUGCAUCAUUGCUAAAAAAUGAAACUGACCCUCGGUUCAUGAAGUAUCUGAAAAAGCUUUAUCGCUACCAGAGGCGUGGGUGGGGUGACGACAUCUUUGCGAAUGUCCCUGACGAAGAGGGGGAGAUCAAGAUGUGUAACUUCACCAAACUCCACCAUCGAAUUGCUAGUCUUUCGGACAACUCAGAUCACGACCAUCCAGUGGCUGGUCAUGACAAUGUGGAAGAGACUGAUAUGAUGUUCAUUGCCGAAAUCCGCGAACAUGUCAAUUCCCAGGAUAUUCUGGGCUGGACGCCUCUUCACUAUGCAAUAGCCACAGACGAGUCAAAGUCAGGACACUGGGUUGAGCGUUUGCUGAACGAAGAAGCUGAUGUAAACGCUGCCGACAUUCGUGAGUGGACUCCGCUACAUUACAGCUACGUAUACGACCACGAUGAAGCUAUCGAUGCGCUGCUCGGCAAGGGCGCAGACGUUCAAGCAGUCGGUAUCGAUGGAAUGACGCCAUUACAUUGCGCAGCUUUGACGGACCUGUAUUGGGGGCCUAGAAAGAUGGACUUCUAUGUUCGACAACCUGCGGAUGAGUUUGUCACGGAUAAUUUUGGCAGAGCUCCCAUCCAUUUGGCAGCUUUGAAAGGGAACGAGGGCCUCAUCAAACACCUCCGCCGCAGCACUGGCGCACGAGACAAAGAAGGUAGGACAGCAGUGCAUCUAGCGCCUCUCAGUAACAGGUUGUCAAUUAUUGAGGAACUUGCUAAGAAUGGCGCCAAUCUUGAUGACCUCACCUCUGCAGCCUCUUUUGGAACAGUUUUGCACUGGGCAGCGAAAGAAGGAAGGUUGGAAGCUGUUAAAGAGCUUCUUCGCUUGGGAGCUACCGUGGAUUCAAGAGACUACACUUAUCGGACCCCAUUACACUACGCAUGCCAAGAGGGACAUCACGAAAUUGUUCAACUAUUAAUCCUGAAUAACGCCGAUGUGAACGCAACGAAUGAUCUCGACCAGACCCCAAUUCUGUUGGCCUUACUAAAUGGGUAUCUCAAAAUAGUUAAUCUGCUUCUCGACGCGAAAGACAUCGACUUGAAUGCUGGAGAGACAUUAGAGAAGGACAUAUACAACGUGCUUGACUUGGUAGUCAAACGUGGAGAAGCUGAACUUGUCAGAAGACUGGUUGAAAAGGGCGCAGAGAUUGACCAACGAACAUUGUAUUAUGCUGAGAGGAGCAGCCAACAAGAUUCAAGUACCUUGGAGUUCCUUCGGCGAGCUUAUUCCUCACAGGUUGCCUCUAAGAAAGAUACUCCGAAGGAUGGCGGAGAUGGAGUAUAG